AUGACAAUAGACACUAUCAAUCACGCAGUAUUAAACGUACAAGACAACCAUCACAGCACCAUGACUCAAAACAAGUACACAGUGAUCCUUCCCACCUACAACGAACGCGAGAACUUGCCAAUCAUCACUUGGCUGCUUGCAAAGACAUUCAAGGAGCAUGCCAUUGAUUGGGAGAUCAUUAUUGUAGAUGACAAUAGUCCUGACGGUACGCAAGAGGUUGCAAAGGAACUUCAAAAGAUCUAUGGCGAGGAUCGUAUUCAAUUGAAGCCUCGUGCUGGCAAGCUUGGUUUAGGUACUGCCUAUGUUCAUGGCCUUCAAUUUGCCACUGGCACACAUAUUGUCAUUAUGGAUGCUGACUUCUCCCAUCAUCCCAAAUUCAUUCCUCAAAUGAUCAAAUUACAGCAAGAAAAGAACUAUGACAUUGUCAGUGGCACUCGCUACAGGACAGGUGGUGGUGUUUAUGGCUGGGAUUUAAAGCGUAAGCUUGUCAGUCGUGGUGCCAACUUUUUAGCUACUAUUAUGCUUCGCCCCAAUGCAUCUGAUCUUACUGGUAGUUUUCGUUUAUACAAGAAGGAUGUGCUCUAUCAAUUGAUCAAUGCCACUGUAGCCAAGGGCUACGUCUUUCAAAUGGAGAUGAUUGUAAGAGCCAGACAAUUCAAUUACUCUGUCGGCGAAGUUCCCAUUACCUUUGUCGAUCGUGUUUACGGUGAGAGUAAGAUGGGCAUGUCCGAAAUCGUUCAGUAUGCUCAAGGCGUUUGGAGAUUAUUCACUACCAUUUAA